UAAGAGAAUGAGAGAUGAGUUGGACACUUGCAACUCCCCUUGUAUCAGCAACCCCUCCAAAGCUUCACCAAUCCUCUCCCUUCUAUGCUUCUCCUCCUUCUUGUUCUUACUCUUCAUUUUCAACUGUCAAGAUUCCGUCGAGCUUGUCACAGAGGUUUGGUUCCAGGUCCCUUACUUCAGAGGGACAGAUAUGCAGAGCAGCAGCCGAGUACAGAUUUCCGGACCCAAUUCCUGGUUUUGCUGAUGCUGAGAUAGAGAAGUUCAGGACCCAUCUCCUGAAUAAGCUUUCCAAGAAAGAUGUAUUUGAAGACUCUGUUGAAGAGGUUGUAGGAAUCUGCACUGAGAUUUUUGGUACUUUCUUACACACCGAGUAUGGUGGCCCUGGAACACUCUUGGUAGUUCCCUUCAUUGAUAUGGCUGAUACUCUAAACGAGCAGGGAUUACCUGGAGGGCCGCAAGCUGCGCGUGCUGCCAUCAAGUGGGCACAAAAUCAUGUCGACAAGGACUGGAAGGAAUGGACUGGUGAUGAUUAAGGACACAACUGGUUCGCUAGUGUAUGUGUAGGUAAUAGAGUUGAUCAAGCGAUUUUGAUGCUUGUUAAAUUGAUGGAGAGGAGAAUUUUUCUUAUUGCUUUGUUGUAAUAUUAUGGUGGAGGUGUGUUGUCUGUUGUAAGAUUAUAACAGUAUCUAUUGGUAGGCAUUAAUCAAGU